CGGAAGAGCUGGCGUCGGCCAGCUUCGUUAUUUGUCGCGAACGGUUAAGGAUGGAGGAAGAGGCACGCAAGCUUCUCGAAGAAGGAAUUAAAAAGAAACUGAUCAGUCCUGGCAGGGGAGAGCUGUCGACUUUCCCCAAUGGAACCAAGGUGAUCUUUAACUAUCGCACCAGCUUGUGUGAUGGCACUCAGCUGGAUGACUCAAGAACCAUGGGGGGCCACAGCAAACCUAUGGAACUCAUCCUGGGCAAAAAGUUUAAACUGGCUGUGUGGGAGAGAGUUGUCAUCACUAUGAGACAAGGCGAAAUUGCAGAAUUUACCUGUGAUACAAAGCAUACAGCGCUGUACCCGGUUGUGUCCCAGUCCCUAAGAAACAUAAGCAUUGGGAAGGACCCUCUGGAAGGCCAGAGGCAUUGCUGUGGGAUUGCUCAAAUACACUCCCACCACUCUUUAGGGCACAAAGAUCUGGAUCACCUUCAAGCCAGUCCACAGCCUCUUGUCUUCACCAUUGAGCUGCUGGAGGUCCUUCCUCCCGGUUCCUUCCAGCUGGAUAUGUGGGCUAUGACAGACAAAGAGAAGUUGGACAAUGUGCCUCAAAUCCACGAGGAGGGCAACUUGCUCUUCAAACAAGGCAAAAUUAAGGAUGCAACAGAAAAGUACUACAAUGGCAUCGCCUGUCUCAAAAACCUACAGAUGAAGGAGCAUCCUGGAGAUGAAGCCUGGCUAAAGUUAGACCAAAUGAUCACACCACUGCUCCUCAACUACUGUCAAUGCAAGUUACUCCAGGAACAGUAUUACGAAGUCAUUGAACACUGCUCCGCCCUGAUCUUCAAAUAUGAGGACAAUGUGAAGGCCUAUUACAAGCGGGCUAAAGCUCAUGCCGCAGUGUGGAAUGAAAAAGAGGCUCGAGCUGACUUUGCUAAGGUGCUGCAAUUGGACUCUUCUCUUGGACCAUCUGUGUCCAAGGAGCUGAGGGCUAUGGAGGACAGGAUCCGCUCAAAGCAGCAGGAGGAGAAGGGUCGUUAUAAAGGCCUGUUUGACUGCAACACACAGCCAGCCACUGCCACUACAAGCUGAAUCUCAUAACAAGUUAGACAGGAGGAUGCCAAUUAAUUUCAAGAUGGAGACGGAACAGAAGACAUUGUGGUGUUUGUUUUAUCCCCAGCACCCCAGCCAACCUGCUCUCCAUCACACAUACUCACUAAUACGACUUGUGUUCCUGCCUUACUCGUCUGAAUUCACUCUACAUGUAAAAUUAGGGCUUUAAUUGGAACAUGAUCAGCUAGACUUUAAAGGGAAAAAAGUCUGAACCCCUCAAUAACUUUAGGCCUGUACUGUCUCACAGUAUAAAAUAUUUUUUCAAUUUCAAAGAACUCUUCAGUUUUACUGUUUCACCGGCAUAGUUUAGUUUGCCUUCUCUGAAAUGUCUGUAAAGUUUACAGUCCUUAAAAUACCUUGUAUUUAUCAAGAUUGCUGUGGGAUCUGAUUCCACACAAAUGUGCUCUCUCUGCCCCACUUUUUUCCCCGAUUUGUACAAGGCACAUCAUGUACUCACUGCACACCUUUGUCACUCUGGUCACACCUGAAGCACUACUACCACAUGGAAGGUGGGACAUGAAACUCAAGUGUAUGUGACAAUCAUUAAAAAAAACACAUAGUGUUUGCUUUCUAUGUACUUAUUUCAUGUAUUUAAAAAUAUAUUAUUUUGUCAUUAUGUACUCAGAAAAUCCCCAGAGGAUCAUUUUCACUUAGAAAGAGCUACUCAUAACUCUACAUGUGAGGUCGCGGCUCAUCAGCCUGUCGGGAGUGAGAUGUUACUGAAGUUAUGUAUCUGAAAAUAAAUUUGUUAAUCCAAAACCUUGUAUUUGUCUUC